AUGGGAUUUGGCUACAAAUGGAUUCUGAGCUUUUGCAUGCUCAUCGUCCCCAUCGCCAUCACACUCGGCGUCCUCUUUCCGCUGCAAAACGCUCACAAGAGUGGCGGAAAGUCUGGUAGUUUCCUCGGCGAUGGCGGCAUCGGCACAGGUGGCCCGGGGUCAGCACCCAGGCCCAAAGACAACAAUAUUGAGCUCGCCCAAGCUUGCACCCAAUUCGCCGACCUGGGCAAUCCCCAGCGUUACUACUGGGACAAGAGCCAGCAGCAAUAUACUUUCAACCCUAACCAAUGGGGUCUCACCAACGGCGCAAAGAGCGGCAUGUGUAUGGAUGUCCUCUUCAACAACAACGGCACAUACGCCAAGCCCGAGCUGGCUCCUCCGUUCCAGGUGACCUGGCAGUAUUCUCCCGCUCCCGCCGGGCAGAACAAUGUGCACGCUUUCGCCAACAUCAAGCUCGAAAAGGUCUUCCCCAAGCAAUUCAGCUCCAUCAAGAAGCUCUUCGUCGAUUUCGAAUGGAAAUACGUCACUGGCAAUGACAACACGACGGCGAGCGAAUCGGCGACCAUGGGGACCAAGAGUGUCAACACCAACGUCGCCAUUGACAUGUUCUCGGACAAGAACAGUGAUACCUCGCAGGAUAACGUAAAGGCAGCUUUUGAAAUCAUGAUUUGGUUUGCCGCCAUUGGCCCGUCUGCGCACGUCAUUGGUCAGGACACGACAUCGAUUGUCAGGACACUGCCUCUGACAGAUGCUACCACCAAUGCGCAGGUCCUCUUCGACUUGUACGCCGACAAGCACCCAACCACUAGCCAGUUCGUGAUGACCUGGAAGGCGCAGACGAUCACGGAAAAGUUCCACGGCGACGUCUACCCGCUGAUUGAUUACAUCCUCACCGCCGGCAACUCGAGCUACCCGAGCUCGAGCGACUAUCUUGGUUCCUUUGGCAUGGGCACCGAAGCGUACGAUGCGCCGUCAAACGUGACGUUUUACUGCCCCGAUUUUGCCGUCACUGUAGAAUAA